GUCUGAAGGUUCUACUGCUGGGUCUGAAGGUUCUACUGGUGGGUCUGAAGGUUCUACAGGUGGGUCUGAAGGUUCUACUGGUGGGUCUGAAGGUUCUACUGGUGGGUCUGAAGGUUCUGAUGGUGGGUCUGAAGGUUCUACUGCUGGGUCUGAAGGUUCUACUGGUGGGUCUGAAGUUUCUACAGGUGGGUCUGAAGGUUCUACUGCUAGGUCUGAAGGUUCUACUGCUGGGUCUGAAGGUUCUACUGGUGGGUCUGAAGGUUCUACUGGUGGGUCUGAAGGUUCUACUGCUGGGUCUGAAGGUUCUGAUGGUGGGUCUGAAGGUUCUACUGCUGGGUCUGAAGGUUCUGAUGGUGGGUCUGAAGGUUCUACUGGUGGGCCUGAAGGUUCUACUGGUGGGUCUGAAGGUUCUACUGGUGGGUCUGAAGGUUCUGAUGGUGGGUCUGAAGGUUCUGAUGGUGGGUCUUAAGGUUCUACUGCUGGGUCUGAAGGUUCUGAUGGUGGGUCUGAAGGUUCUACUGGUGGGUCUGAAGGUUCUGAUGGUGGGUCUGAAGGUUCUACUGGUGGGUCUGAAGGUUCUGAUGGUGGGUCUGAAGGUUCUACUGGUGGGUCUGAAGGUUCUGAUGGUGGGUCUGAAGGUUCUACUAGUGGGUCUGAAGGUUCUACUGGUGGGUCUGAAGGUUCUACAGGUGGGUCUGCUUUGUUUCAGAAGGUUCUGCAGUGUUCUGAAGACGGACUGA